AUGAAGAAACUUCUAGUGGUGUUGUUGCUAGUUGGUGCAGCCACCGCGGCUUGCAUCCAUACCGACUUGGUGCAAGCUCCGGAGAUGAUAGUCACGUACGAGGAGGUAGAUGGCGACACUGUCACCGAUGUGCCCGUCACAGCGGUCGCUACUCGCACUAAUAUUAGUGUCGGCACCAUCGGCAAUAGUAGAUUGAUAGCCAGGAGUGUUCACGUCCAAAAUGCAGUUGCCAAAGCAAGACAUGUCCGAGACAUAUCAUUCCGAUCGGACGAUCCUAUUAAGAUCAGCGCGAUCCGGGUGACACAUGUCGGCUCUGUAGAUGGCGCCACUUCAUCCAUCAAGUCGGGAGGUGUUGGGAACUCCUUCGUGGUCAUCAGGCUCCAGACUGCGGUAGGACGCGGGUAUCAUUACACCAUCGAAAUUUAUGGACGCUAAACUGAUAGAAAGAUUGUCAACUUAUUUUCUAAUGGUAGUAUUAUUUUUAAGAAUUGUUAC